UGCUAAAGAUCAUAAGCCACUCUCCAUAUGCUGUAUUGUCUAGUAUCAUUUUAGAAAUUCAUAAGCUUGGAAGGUUCUGAAGGAUGACUGAGGCUGGUUUCUGUGAUGCCACUUGGAGCCUCUGUCACUGUGGAUUGAUAAGUAACCUGCAGGCUUAGCAGUACAGCAAGGGGAAAGCAUCAGGAGUACCACUUCGCUUCAGCUCCUUAACUGGACAAAAAAGUACAGUGUCACCUAUCUGCAAAGGAAGAUUCCUCAACUGAUUUUUGCAGCUAAUAAAGACAACAUAGCAUCAUCCACCUUCCUGAUUUACAGUGCAUCACCUUCCAAGACAGAUGGUCUGUCAAAAGCUGUAGGAAGCCUGCAGAGCACACAAUAAUGAAGUAGUGAAUUGAUACUGCUGCUGCUGCCUAAUUGUCAGGAUCACAGCCGAUAGAGCCGCACUGCCCUUUUUCUGCUCCCUUAAUCGGGCCAGGAACAGCAGGGUGGACAUGGCUGGCCUCGUUAACAACCUGCUAAUACUGUUCCUUGUGUUUCAAAACAGCUGUUUGGGUUACAGAAGUCCACUUUCUGUCUUUAAGAGGUAUAAAGAUACCACCAGGUCUCUUUCUAAUGAAUGCCUUGGAAACAACAGGCCAGUGAUUCCUCUUGGUCUGACAGAUUUUGCAUUGGACAUUCGCAUGCCUGGGGUGACUCCAAAGCAGUCUGAUACCUACCUCUGCAUGUCAUUACGUCUGCCAGUGGAUGAGGAAGCCUAUGUAGUUGACUUUAAGCCUCAUGCCAGCAUGGACACUGUCCAUCACAUGUUACUCUUUGGAUGUAACAUGCCUUCUUCCACUGAAAAUUACUGGGACUGCGAUGAAGGAACCUGCACAGAUAAAUCUAACAUCCUGUAUGCCUGGGCAAGAAAUGCUCCACCCACCAAACUUCCCAGUGGUGUUGGAUUCAAAGUUGGAGGAAAAACAGGUAGCAAAUAUUUUGUGCUCCAAGUACAUUAUGGAGAUAUCAGUGCAUUCAGAGAUAACCACAAGGAUUGUUCUGGCGUAACUUUACAUCUGACGCAUCAGAAGCAGCCUUUGAUUGCUGGCAUGUAUCUUAUGAUGUCUGUGAAUACUGUUAUACCACCAGGAGAAAAAGUGGUUGAUGCUGAUAUUGCCUGCCAUUAUAAAAGGUAUCCAAUGCACCUCUUUGCCUACAGAGUCCACACACACCGAUUAGGUAAGGUAGUAAGCGGGUACAGAGUGAGAGAUGGUCAGUGGACAUUGAUUGGCAGGCAGAGCCCUCAGCUACCACAGGCUUUCUACCCUGUAGAGCAACCUGUAGAUGUUAGUUUUGGCGAUAUAUUAGCUGCUAGGUGUGUUUUCAGUGGUGAAGGUAGAAUGACCGAGACACACAUAGGGGGCACAGCCAGUGAUGAAAUGUGCAACUUCUAUAUUAUGUAUUACAUGGAAGCCAAACAUGCUGUUUCAUACAUGACCUGUACACAGAAUGUAAACCCAGAGAUGUUCAUAAACAUACCACAGGAAGCAAAUAUACCUAUCUCAGUCAAGCCUGAUAUGAUCAUGAUGACACGUGGACAUCAUGAAGAAAACAAGAAUGCAGCUAAAAGUUCUUUACUGCAGCAGCCAAAAAGAGAAGAGGAGGAGGUUUUGGAUCAGGGUGAUUUCUAUUCACUCAUUUCCAAGCUGCUAGGAGAAAGGGAAGAUGUUGUUCAUGUCCAUAAGUAUAACCCUACAGAAAAGGCAGAAUCAGAUCUUGUAGCUGAGAUUGCUAAUGUAGUCCAAAAGAAGGAUCUUGGCUGGUCUGAUGCAAGAGAGGUUACAAAUCGUGAUGAGAGGGACAAUACUGUUCUUGUCAGAGACAGAAUUCACAAAUUUCACAGACUAGAAUCUACCUUGAGGCCACCAGAGAACAGACCUUUCUCUUUACAGCAACCUAAACAUGAUGAGGGAAGCUGGGAAAAAGAACAUACAGGAGAUUUCCACAUGGAAGAGGCGGUAGACUGGCCUGGAAUAAACAUUAAACUAGGCCAGGUUUCUGGACUGGCCCUGGACCCUGAAUAUAACCUAGUUAUCUUCCAUAGGGGUGAUCAUGUAUGGGAUGAAAACUCUUUUGACAGUAGAUUUGUUUAUCAACAAAGAGGACUUGGACCAAUUGAACAGAAUACAAUUCUUGUAAUAGACCCAAGUAAUGCGGCAGUACUUCAUUCUACAGGGAAAAAUUUAUUUUAUUUACCACAUGGCUUGAGUAUAGACAAAGAUGGUUACUACUGGGUCACAGAUGUAGCUCUCCAUCAGGUUUUCAAGUUGGGAGCACAUGAUAAGGCUCCCUUGUUGACUCUGGGAAUGGCUUUGCAACCAGGCAAUGACAAAAAUCACUUCUGUCAACCCACUGAUGUGGCUGUGGAUCCAAUCACUGGCACCAUUUAUGUUUCUGACGGCUACUGCAACAGUCGGAUCGUUCAGUUCUCUCCAAAUGGAAUGUUCAUCAUGCAGUGGGGUGAAGAGACUUCUUCAGGUACACCCAAAUCUGGCCAGUUCCUUAUCCCUCAUAGCUUAGCACUGAUACCAGACUUCGCUCAGCUGUGUGUAGCAGACAGAGAAAAUGGAAGAAUUCAGUGUUUUAGGUUAGAAACUGGAGAAUUCACAAAAGAAAUCAAGCACAAAUCAUUUGGAAGAGAAUUAUUUGCAGUUUCAUACGUUCCAGGUGGUCUGCUAUUUGCAGUUAAUGGAAAGCCAUACCCUGGAGACGUAGAACCUGUGCAAGGGUUUGUGAUGAACUUUUCCACUGGAGAAAUUAUUGACACUUUUGUUCCAGUCAGAAAGAAUUUUGAGAUGCCACAUGAUAUUGUUGCUUCAGAAGAUAAAACAGUAUAUGUUGGAGAUGCUCAUGCCAGAACAGUAUGGAAGUUCGUAUCUUCAGAAAAAAUGGAACAUCGAUCAGUUAAAAAGGCUGGUAUCGAGGUUCAGGAAAUAAAAGCGCAGAGUUACAAUGAGCUGGCAGGGGGAAGGGAUAGAAGGUGGCCUGUGCUCAGCUUUAUCUGGUAGACUCAGCUCCAUGAGAGAGGAAACACUUCAGUUUCAGUGACAAGUGUGUCCUGGAGAUUGAAAUGAAGGUUCACCCAGGGGACUAUUCUAUAUGACCCUCUGGUAGCCACAGAUUAGUAUCUGUGUCCAUUCCAUUAGAUGCAGAAAUAAUUAUGGUAUACAGGAGUCCUAGUUACCUAGUGAAAAAGUUAGACAUUCAAAAUGGCUGUUGUUUUCAUUUUCUUAUUUUGUAGGAGUCAUAUUGGCAGUCUGGGUAUACUGUAAGGUAUAAAAAACUCAAUUUGAUCAAAGUUGUUCUCCCAGAUUUACUUUUUCCUUUUCCAAAAGAUCAGUGAAAAUAAGGAUAAAGUGAGAGAAAAGAAUCAGAAGAAUAUAGGGAUUUUAAUAUAGACAGAUAAGGAGAAGUGUAUAGCACAAGGUUGAAAGAGGUAGCAUAAUUUAACAUAGAUGAAAAGGACUUAUUUUAAAACAUUAUAAUACUCUAUUCUACAAGUCUCUUAUACAAAAGAGGAAAUGAUAUUUCCCUUGCAGAAAAAAGCACAUGGUUAUUGAGUGAUCCUAGUGGAUUGUAGCUACAGUGUUCUUAUUUAUUUUUGUUCAGUUGAAUUCAGAGCAACUGCCCUUGGCUUCAGGCACGUAGACAUAUAUGGAAGUAAGCCAAAAGAUCAAAAAACUUAAAUAUAAUCUUAAAAUAAAGUAUGCUGCUCAUAUGAGAUAUUCCAGUUCUUGCUACCAAAAUCACCACAAUGUCAAACAGUUUUUCCCAAAGCUUUCAAGGGGAGAAAAAGGGACUUAAUAGCAUUUGCGCAUAACUACUUUGGGCUCUUGCAGACCAUUCUGGGAAACACAUUAUGGUGCAGAGAAUCCUUUAGGAAAACUCCUUUCUGUUUAUCAUCACUGUUCAUGAAACAAGACUGUCUAGAUUAGAAUAAGACAACAGCAUCUUAUGGAUACUAAAGGAGUCUUCAAAAUAAUUACCUGCUAAAGUAUUUAGGACCACAUAUGUAAAAACAGACAAUAUAAGCUCCACCUGAAAGUGAAUAGUAUCCAGUGUUGUGAUGCACUUUGUGUCAUUCUUUGCAUAAUAAAUGAACAGAUGUGUUUUGCAUUAGCUACUUGCUCCUGUUAGAGGUAUCAGAGUGGAGAAUACAGCUGCUAUUACAUUAGGCAAGUGAAGACAAUGUAUUGCUACCAGCAUCAGAAGGAUUAUGCUAGAUGGCAGAUGGAAGACAGUGCUGUUGGCCAUAACUACUGUCUGAGUAACCAAAGAACUAACAAAAUCCCAUAGUUCUUUGCUGUCAUGUCACACUUAAAACAUGAAGGCCCAGUGGUUAAAGAAACGUGAAGAAAACAUUCUACAAAACACAUUGUAAUGUCAUAAAUGUGCAUAGAAUAUUGCAGUGUGUGUAUAUGUUCAUACUAUGACAUGCUAUUAAAUUUGAUAUAGUUUCA